ACAGCACCGGUGUGUGGGCACAGCAUUCAUGACAACCACUACCAUGAAGUACAUUCUGGUGACGGGAGGUGUGAUCAGUGGCAUCGGGAAGGGUGUGAUCGCCAGCAGUAUCGGCACACUCUUGAAGUCGUACGCCUUGAGGGUCACCUCCAUUAAGAUCGACCCCUACAUCAACAUAGACGCUGGCACAUUCUCGCCAUAUGAGCAUGGUGAAGUGUUUGUGUUGGACGACGGGGGUGAGGUGGACCUGGACCUGGGUAACUACGAGCGCUUUCUGGACGUAACCCUCCAUAAGGACAACAACAUAACCACCGGAAAGAUAUACCAACACGUGAUCCAAAAGGAGCGAAGGGGUGACUACUUGGGAAAGACGGUCCAAAUCAUACCACACGUG